UGGAGGAUUCUUCCUCCUCAAGCUCUUCAAAAUAAGCGCAUGCACCAUUUAUACAAUCUGCAAACAUACCUGGAGCUCAAUUCCGUGGAAUACAGCUGCUUUGGAAUGGCGGUUUUAGACACCAAUGCAAGGCUACAUGAUGUGACAAAUGCUGGGGGCCCUUAUGCUAAUCAGGUCGCUUGUGAUUUUCGUGGCGGUGGUGGUAUGGACGGACCUGGCGAAUUUGUGGUCCGAAGACGAUCAGCAACGUCAGCAGCAACAGUCUCGUAUACUGGAAAGGCUGCUCAGCAAGGUCAAAUGCGUUAUCAGGGCCCGCCAAAAACCGUGCAAUAG